AUGGGCGCAUUACAACAGACAUUCCAAUAUAUAAAGGACGAUGAAGGUAAUCCCUCACACUUCAUCCCAUCAUCUUUCUUCUCUUUGUGCUGGGUAGUUAACAGUUGGGAAACCAUGGCUGCUGCCUGUCCAUUGUUGGCUGCCUCCUUGCUUUUAUGUUCAUUGCUCGUCAUUGCUUCUGCAAAUGACUAUGGUGUUUAUGUUUCAUCCAAAACACAAGCUUAUGAUUAUGGUACUGCAAAGCCGGUCAACCAACAACAGCUAGAAAAGGAGGGGAACCCUGGUUAUGGAAGUAAGCCUAAUGUCUAUGAAUCGCAGCCAGAAGAGAAGGGAAAGCCAUUGCUGGAAGCAACAGCAAGUAUCGGUUACAGCACAGAAUCAGUUUACCAACCACAGACGGAGAAGCCGGUGACGGGAAUGGAAGAACAACCUGAUUAUAGCACUAAGCCAAACAAACCACAGCCAGAAGAGACAGGAAAGUCUAGUUAUAGCACAAAACCAGCCUAUCAGCUACAACCAGAGAAGCCAGAGUCAAAACAAGAAGAAAAGCCUGAUUAUGGCACCAAGCCAUAUUACUAUAAACCACAGCCAGGUCAAGAGAAAGAAAAGCCAAUGCCAGAAGAGACAGAAAAGUCUGGUUAUAGCACAAAACCAGUCUAUCAACCACAACAAGGAAAGCCAGAGUCAAAGCAGGAAGAAAAGCCUGAUUAUGGAACAAAGCCAAAUUACUAUAAACCACAGCCAGAAGACAAGGAAAAACCAAUGCCUGAAGAGACAGAAAAGCCAGGUUAUAGCACAAAACCAGCCUAUCAACCACAACCAGAAAAGCCAGAGUCAAAGCAGGAAGAAAAGCCUGAUUAUGGCACCAAGCCAUAUUACUACAAACCACAGCCAGGUCAAGAGAAAGAGAAGCCAAUGCCAGAAGAGACAGAAAAGCCUGGUUAUAGCACAAAACCAGUCUAUCAACCACAACAAGGAAAGCCAGAGUCAAAGAAGGAAGAAAAGCCUGAUUAUGGAACAAAGCCAAAUUACUAUAAACCACGGCCAGAAGACAUGGAAAAACCAAUGCCAGAAGAGACCGAAAAGCCUAGCUACAGCACGAAACCAAUCUACCAACCACAAACAGAAAAUGAAGAAAAGCCUGAUCACGGCGCUAAAAAUGACUUCUACCAGCAGCAACCAGAAGACAAAGAAAACCCAAAGUUAGAAAAUGAAGAACACCCUAAUUACAACGCAAACCCAGCCACGGAUUCCUACAAACCAAAACCUGAAGUUCUUCCCAUUGGUGUUGAAGGGCUUGUUUUAUGUAAAUCAGGUCCCAAGUAUUACCCAAUUCGAGGAGCUUUGACAAGGAUAACGUGUUUAACUGUUGACGAAAAUGGGUACGAGAAGACUCACUCGGUUUGCAGCGGUGAAACUGAUGAAAAGGGUUACUUCUUAGCGAGAUUGUUUUCUUCAGGCCUUGACGAGGCCCAUCUGUUGAGCGAGCUCAGAGAUUGUAAGGCGUUCCUUGAAAGCUCUCCGUUGGAGACCUGCAACGUUCCCGUUGAUGUCAACAAAGGCAUUAGUGGCGCUCCGCUUUCUGGGUUCCGAGUUCUCCAUCACAUGGGGAUGAAGCUUUUCUCCGUCGGAUCUUUCUUCUUCACCCCUCAACUUACUCCGGUUCCUAAUGGUUAUUAA